AUGCCUUCUUCUUCUUCUUCUUCUUCUUCCUCCUCCUCCUCCGCCUCCCUCUUCCUCACCCUCCUCACCCUCGCCUCCACCGCCCUCGCCGGCCCAACCUGGCGCCCCUUCCAGAUCCCCUCCCUCACCACCCACCAGCCCAACGGCAACCCGGACGGCCAGACCAACUACUACCACCUCAUCUUCAACCUCUCCUCCACCAACUCCCACUCCCUGCAGACGGGCCACUGCUGGGCCUCCUGGGGCGACAACUCCUGGGCCCAGCCACAGGCCUACUCCGUCGAAGCCCCCACCGGCGGAUGGCUGCAGUGCGAUGCCCCUGGUGCCGAUUUAGGUGCCGGAGGCAGCGUCUUCAGCUUCAAGCUCUUUGAGUACUUUUCUAUUGGCAAUUUCAGUCUCGAAGUUCGCGAGGAGCUGUGGGGGAAUGAGACGAGGUAUGUUCUUUUUUUUUUUCAAUCUUUUUCUCCAUUCACCGAUCUGUUGUUGGUAGAUAUUGGUGGUGUUGUUAUUUAUUAUGGUUUUUAUGGUUUUUAUUAUGGUUAUGCUUAUUAGGGGGGGGUUGUUGUUAUUGUUAUUGUUAUUGUCAUGGUUGUGGUCAUGGCUGUUACUAUUAUUGUGGUUAUCAUCGCAGACGCUAACUUUCUUUCUCCCAACAGUCUAUACGGAUGGGCACACAUCACCAACCAGACGACUCUCGCAUGCGACAUCCAAGGCGCCGAGGUGAAAUACCUGCAGCACGCGCACGGCGACUGCAAUCUCGCGCAGGGCCAAGCGCCCUUCUACGUGGCUGCCUUGCCCUGGGAAUGGAAGGGUUGGUAUUAG